GCCAAAUGCCCACUGCCAUACCAGCAGGCAGGAGCCAGAGACACAGAAGCCUGUGAUCCCUGAAGGUAUUUAAAAGACGUGUAGAUGUGGCACUUAGGGACAUGGUUUACUGGUGGAUUUGGCAGUGCUAGGUUUAUGGUUGGACUUGAUCUUAAAGCCUAAAUGAUUCUAUGAUUCUAUGACAAAGACACAUCACACACUGGACAACCAACCCCUAACCAAAGAUGACCGGCUUCCUAUCAGACCUGGUACAGUACCAGGGGUUCUUUCAAAUGAUCGCUGUCCUGGGGAUCGGUGGAACAUUCCAAAUUGGCUUUCAAAUUUCUACGAUCACCUACAUGUCUCGGCAUGUUAAGGCUUUCAUUAAUGAAACUUGGCUGGAGCGAUAUGGCUACCCCAUCCACCAGGAUAAUCUCUUGUUCCUAUGGUCCAUAACUGUGUCCAUUUUUGGUAUAGGAGGUCUCUUGGGUUCUUCAGGAAGUCGAUACCUGACUGUCAAGUAUGGCAAAAAGAAAUGUCUCUUGUGCAACAAUCUGCUCAUGAUAGUGGCAGCAUCUAUCAUGGGCUGCAGUAAAAUAGCCCAGUCCUUUGAGAUGAUUCUAAUUGGACGCUUCAUGUGUGGAAUAAGUGCAGGUCUUUGUGCUCCUCUACAUCAUCAAUACAUUGGAGAAAUUUCCCCUAGGAAGCUACGUGGAUUUGCAAACUCUACUUCCUCUUUCUUUUGGUCACUGGGAAAAGCCAUAGGGCAAAUUUCAGGACAAAGGGAGCUGCUGGGCAGCCAGUCCCUGUGGCCCAUGCUGAUGGCCUCCUGUGGACUUCCAGCACUGGUCCAGCUGGUCACUCUGCCCUUCUUCCCUGAGUCCCCACCAUAUCUGCUCAUGCAUAAAGGAGAUCAGGAAGGCUUCAAAAAAGCCAUAAGGCAGCUUUGGGGUGAAGGCCAUCACCAAGCAGAGACUGAUGACAUCGUGAAAGAGAAGGCAACAAUGAAAAACACCAAGAUCUUGAGUGUCCUGGAGCUAAUGAAAGAACGAGCUUUCCGUUGGCAGCUGUACAUGAUAGUUAUUCUGACCGCCACAGUUCAGCUAUGUGGCAUCAAUGCAAUUUAUUUUUAUACUUUUGAAGUCCUCCAGGCAGCUGGCUUUGAUGAAAGAAUGAUUUCCUAUAUGACCCUCUCCGUUGGACUCUCUGAACUCUUAGCUAGUGUAGUCUGUAGCUCCAUCAUUGAGAGACUGGGCAGGAAAGUGCUCCUGAGAGGAGGCUAUUUGAUCAUGGGUUCACUGCUAGCUGGUAUCACCGUGACUCUCUCCCUACAGGACUUUUAUUUCUGGAUGCCAUACUGCAGCCUUUGUCUAAUUAUCUUGUUUACAGUUGUCUUUGGAGUUGGGCCAGCUGGUGCCACGGUUUCCAUUAGGGCUGAAAUUUUCAAACUUUCAUGCAGACCACCUGCAUUUGUGAUCGGCGCAGUUCUCAACUGGAUGGGUGUCUUUGUGAUCGGAACAACCUUCCCAUUCAUUGUGGAAAGACUCAAGCACUUCUGCUUCCUCAUCUUUAUGGGGGUACUUUUCACUUCAGGGAUAAUUAUCCACCUGUUCCUUCCAGAAACAAAAGGGAAAUCAAUCAUGGAAAUCACAGAAGAAUUCAAUAAGCUAAACUUUAAAAAGAAACGUAUUCCAACUCAAAAUCGUGUCACAGAGGAUUACAACUUCUGCACCAGGCUUUGACCGGUCGCUAGGGGGAGUCAGGCUUUACUGAAAGGAAGGAAAAAAAAGACUGUCGUUCUCUGACUAGCAAGUCGGUCCAAAUGGACUGUCAGCUUUCAUAUCUGUCACUUACAAGGUUCCCAUGUUGCCAAACCAGCACCUUUCUCAAUCACUCCGCUCUGGGCAGCUUAGAAAAGGGAUGAGGGCUGGUAUUAACAGGAUAGACUCCUGUGGUCUUUUCCAACCUAAACGAUUCUAUGAAUCAUGAGCAUCUUGGCUUAACUUGCUGAUACGUAAAUCUCUUCUUAACAGAGCAAUUAAUACACACUGAAACUACAUGCAGAAUUUUUAAACACUCUGAUGACCACAGAGAAAAGGAAGAUCUGUGAUCUCCUCUCUCUCUGAUUUCUGAGUGUGUUUUUACAACCCUGAAAUGGGAAUAGUGAAGUGCUUGGCUUGCUAUCUCUGGCUAGGGUUCAAUGCAUAACGGAUUAAAGAAAAAAUUUAGUGGAAUAGGAGAGAAAUUCUUUGUUUCUCUAGACUCAACUGAAUAAUCAGACCUUGCCAGGUUCCCAUGCAUAAUGCCAUGUUGUCCUUGUGUUGUAUCUAGUUUGACAGACUUCAGUCCUUUUGGACUGAAAUUUUCCAAGUCAGCAGCCAUCCUUGCUUUGACUUAAAUUUAAUUUUUUUGCUAAAAAAUUCAGCCAUUUCGUCCUAAACUCAGGCUUGUUAAUGAAAAAGUAUGGGGGAAAAGUUCCUAUACAACUCUUCUCAAGGAAUAGUGCCUUUCAGUGGCAAUAUAGUCAAAGGAUUCAUGGGUAGAAUCCAGUCACCAUAAAACACAAGCACCUAGAGUUAUUUUAGAUACUCUGUGCUGUCUUGCCCAUCACUGUCAUCAUCUGGAAUCUGUAACUCCUCUUCCAGGAUCGGAGUUGCCACAGAUAUCUUAUGGGCUGUGGAGCCCAUAACAGUUUAGCUGCUACUUCCCUUUGUGUGACUUUCAGCUACCUGGACUCAAUUUACUCCAGAAGAACCACCUUGGACUGGAAUUCCUGGCUGUAACAGAAUAGCUGUUGCUUUACAGUUUCUUCAAAAAGCAUCUGUACAGUACCUGGCUGUAUGUACAGCAGACUGUCAGCAAAAGCUCAGUCAUGUCCUCCACCUCUCGCAUGCAUGCAGGGCUCCUGCCUAGGGUGUAUUUCUCUAUCAUGACUAAGAAGUGAUCACACAUACUCAUAUUUCAAGGAUGUGCAAUCAGUACAGACUCUUCAGUUUUGUUCACUGCAAGUGUAGAUACUGAUUGACCGCUGUAGAGAUGACUGUAAAUAUUUUAUGCCUUUAAUAUUUUGUCAGACUCAUACAGCUAGAUAAGAUUUACAGAAAUGUAAUUCUAACAUAAGGAACUUCUGAGGCAUUCAUUUAAGCAUUUCCAAAAACAAUUUAUGGUUUAAUACACAGGGUUUUGUAGCAUUUUUGCCAAUUUUUACAAGCAUGUAGUGUACACAAAGAUAAGGAAACAAAGUGAGAGAAUAUGUUAAAACAUAUCGUGUGCAAGUUUUCUAAUUUCCAGAUUUAUUGUGAUAUACUAUUCCCAAUGAUCUCCGUUGCAGGAAUGGGUGCAACAUAAUUUUCUACACUGAUCUAUAAUCAACAUCUGCACUUGUGUUCACAUACUGCAGGCUUUCAAACUGUGAAUGAUCUUCAAGGCAAUCUGAUAUCAAGUUCCUAAUUCUUCUUCCUGCUAUACAUAGUUAAAGGUAAAAAGAGUUUGUGAGCCUUAUAGGAUAGUGUGACCUUGUGAAGUACCACAGGAAUUCAUUUCACCAGAAACUUUUUUUCAAAUAUGAAAAUUCAUGGGACUUACUUUUUCUUUAGAAAGCAACUAUUAUUCUGCAUGUUUUCAUCUUCUAAUGAGAGGCUCACACAGUCCUAGUAGCAAAGGAAUACUAUUAGGAAGAACAAGUUAAGGCUCACAGUGGAGUACACCAUUACAAAUUACAAUCCAAACUCUAGACUUGCACUGUAAAAUAAGUGGUUUUAUCUCUGAUAUUGCUUUGACUGGCAUAUUUACUUCAUCUCAAAUAAGGUUAUUCAAAAUAUGAAUUCAUUUGUUCACCUUAACGGCUACUUAUUUUUAAUUGGAAAUGUUAAACAUAAUAAAAAUGGCAGAUUGCCUUGUAAUAAAA